CUAAAGAUGCCCCUUCAAAGUUUCAGCUUGCAAGCAAAGUCUGCAACUUGCAAGCACAAGUGCAUUCGAAUAAGACACAACAUGCACCUUUCAAAACAGCAGAGACGCCACUGCGAGCUGAGUAGGUCAUGUCAAAGGAGAUGAAAGCGAUGAUUGUUGUUACAAAAUACUCUUGAAAAGGUCACAAUGCUUUGAACCAGCCCUGCUGAAGCAGGCGCAGGACACCAGAUUAUCUUCGGUGCCAAUUGAUGGACCAGGUGCGCAAGCGCCGCGCUGGUGGUGGGGGCCCCUUUCUCCGGUUUGGUUUGCCAAUGACCGUCUUCUCAGUAGUGGGCUUCUACGGUCUUGUGCACCUGACUCAGGGCCGGAGAGAGAUGAUCAACGCGCACUCCCCAGCUCAACUGCAGCCGCUGAACAAGGAGGGGGAACUGAAAAGCGAGGGGAAGAAAUUGGACCUGAAUGAGGAACUGCGGAAACUGAACGAGAAGGUCAACAUCAAUGACUACGAGAACAAGCCGGUUCCCAAGCUGAGCUCGGACGAAUAAGAGUAACGAAGGAGAACGCAAUCAUGGGCAGAAGUCACAUUCUUUUGGUUCUCAAGCCGCGUCCUGCAGAGUCAUACAGGACGAGAAAGGUCUGUAGCGAUCGAUGAACCCGGGACCGAGGGGUGAAUGACGAAGAAUGGUGUGGGUUAAAUUGAGGUGUAAAGCAGACUGUUGCUUCACAGGAGUCGCAGGUUGUCUAUCACGGCUGGGGGUUCUGGUUCGUCGUCGCCUCCCUCGAGCAACCUGUGAGGUGUGUUUCAUUUCGGCGUCCGCAUCAAGGAGCGACUUCGGUCUCCUGAGCAAUAGAACAGUUGGAUCACCAGGUCAGGUUCCUGUCGACAUGCGGUCCUGAAAAUGGGGUUUCUGCAUUUAUAGCUCGAUUGCAAGAUCAGCUUGGGAGUAUCUUUUAGGUCACACGAAGUGGUCCAGCUACAUCAGCGGCACAGCACGCUUGCUUGCCAAGCGCCAGCUAACUGAAAUUUUCACAAAUGUUUGACCGUCGGAUUGGUGUGUUUACACGAUGAAAGACGUCCAACGUAC